UCCAAGCAUCAGUGCAGAACGCUCAGGAAGAAUUUCAGAACAAUCUCUGUCUGUACUCUGGCGCCCUCCUCCCCUUAAGGCCGCCUAGCGAACUACUCGUCUCUGUCGGGUGUCCACUGAGUGACUGCAGCUGGAGAGACAAUAACUGUCUGCCACACAGCCUGAACUCGCUUCGCCAUGGAUCAGCAUCAGGACUUCAACUCUGGGGAGACCACGGCCUCGGCUGCCCUGGCCAACAUGACCCUGAAGGAACCCCUGGACCAGCGGGAGGUUAAGAAGCCUAACGGGAUGCCAGACGCACACAUGGGACCUGGGGACAUGAAAGAAGAUUUGCUGGAGCUGUCACCUGAACUGAAAUCCCAGCCUCGAGCACCAGUGUCAGAGGUGUCUGUGUCUAAGAGCGACCUCUCGGCUACCGGAGGGACGACCGCUACAGGUCAAGAGGAGCUCACCGCGUCGCUCAGCCCCACGCCAGGAGGCCUCAGUCCUGCCACAGAGAGCGGCCGCAGCAGCAGGUCCGGCUUUGCCGACGGUGGGAGCGAAGAUGGGGAGAGAGCUGGGUCGGUGAGCCCCCGGGCGUCUCCUUCAGCCCCUGAAGCCCCAAUCGAGAGGGACACUCCAAGGCUCUUCUCCCCAGACUCGCUGGGGUCUGAGCUGAAGAGGAGCCCGUCUGACAAGGUCUCUGAUGUCUCUGUGGGCCACAGCUUGAGCGGCUCUGGGUCUGAGGACGAGGAUAAGAAGGACAUAUGUGAGAGCAAGGAGGCUCCUACCUCGGCCUAUGAAGACAUGAUCAGUCCUGAGAAGCCUCAGAGCCCUCUUUUCACAGAAAAGGAGGGGACGAAAGAGCAGGAGGAUGAAGAAAAAGAGGAGGAUAGUGACGAGGAAGAGGAUGAAGAAGAGGAAGAGAGAACCGAGGUGUCAACAAUCCGCAGGAGGCCACGGCGUGAAGCCAGCUCAGAAGAGGAAGAGCAACAGAAAGAUGAAGGUCGCGCCCCUGUCAUUCCUGUUGCCAUGACCCCGGAGGAAGCCAAGCAGCGCGUCCUAUCCUUUGACUACACAGAGCCUGAGGGACACCCCCCUGGUCAGGGCAUCCCUUCAGGGUGGCAGAACGGAGCAGACAAGAGCCCCCCAGGGAGCAAGAGUCCUGACUCCAACAGGGCCGACCCUGGAUCUCCCUUCUCCCCUAGCACUGCAGCCGACCAGACCCAGGACGAGUCUCCUCUCAUCGAGCACCAGCCAGAAGCCCUUGACGAGGUGGAGCAGGUGACUGAGGAGCAGGUGACUGAGGAGGAGAUGCAGGAGGAAGAAGAGGUGCAGGAGAAGGUAGCUAGUCCCCUGCCCAUGAUUGCUGUGCCCCAGAUGGAGGUUGAGCCCGUCCAGAUGGAUGACGAACCUGUGAAGACCUCAAAGGACACUCAAGGCCAAUACCUGGAGUCUGCAGACGAGGCCGGCAUCGCAGCGGUGACAACAGCUCAGUCGGUGACCAAAGCCAAACCUGCAGAAGCCAAACCUGCAGAAACGAAGCCUAAGGCUGGCAAGGCUACUAGUGGCCUCAAAGGAGAUGCCAAAGGAGGUGCUCCCACAGCAGCCAAAGGCCCGGUCAGGAAAGAUAAGAAAGUGACCACUACUGCUGUUGCCCCUCCCACCGCCGGUAAAGCUCAGAAAGCACCCCCAAAAGAUGCCGCCCCACCGGGCAGAAAAGCAAAUGUUCCAGGUGCCCAGCUCAAAGCCAAGGCCGGUGCAGGGGCUGGGAAAGAAGCAGCUGAGAAAAAGACACCCAACGCCACCACACCUGCCAAAGCAUCCACCCCCAAACGACCCUCCUCUGUCCAAACCACCCCCAGCAAAAAGCCUUGGUCCUCUUCCUCUGCCCCAGCCUGCAACACUAGCAGGCCCAGCUCAAUAUUUAAACCCAGUCCAGGCAGUGCAGGAUCCAGAGAACCCAGGCCAAGGACUGGAGAUGGGAAGACCGCCAGCACCAGGACACCAGGUGCUAAACCCCAGGGUGCUGGGACCAGGAUGCAGACCAAGACCACUGCAGGAGUGGAUUCCCCCAAGACGCCCCAGAAUCGUAGUGGCUACAGCAGCCCCAGCACACCCAAAUCCCCCGCCAGCCGGGAGGUGAAGAAGGUGGCGGUGGUGCGGACCCCUCCUAAAUCACCUGGGUCCAUGAGGGGGCGCAGUCCGGUGCCCCUGGCCGCCCCCAUGCCCGACCUGAAGAACGUCCGGUCAAAGAUUGGCUCCACGGAGAACAUCAAGCACUCGCCUGGUGGAGGACGGGUGCAAAUAGUUGAGAAGAAGAUGGAUUUAAGUAACGUUCAGUCAAAGUGUGACUCCAAAGCCAAUCUCAAGUAUACCCCAGGAGGUGGCAAUGUUCAAAUUACUCACAAAAAGAUUGACCUAAGCAACGUACAGUCAAAGUGUGGAUCGAAGGCCAACAUUCACCACAAACCAGGUGGAGGCAAUGUGGAGAUCAAAUCUGAGAAGUUGGACUUCAAGGUUCAGUCUAAGAUUGGAUCAAUGGACAACGUUGGUCAUGUGGCUGGAGGUGGCGGGAGGAAGAUUGAAAGCCACAAAUUGAGUUUCCGUGAGACGGCGAAGGCCCGUACCGACCACGGAGCGGAGAUUGUCCCCGUGGAGAUCAUCACAGGCGGCUCACCCGCCCAUCUUCUCAGCAACGUGUCGUCCCCCGGAAGCCAGAACAUGACAGAGACGCCGCCGCUAUCCAUGCUUGCCGAUCAGGUCUCCGCCUCCCUCGCCAAGCAAGGCCUGUGAUUCGACCACGUCCCUCCCUGAAAAAAAAAGCAUUGUAGGUUACCAAGGGAACCAACCGCCAGAUAAAAAAGAGAAACGAAGAGAAAAAGAAGCAGCUCACUCAGUCUCCCUUCUUCCUUGAAAUUCAAAUUCGCUCGCAGGAUUUUGCCGACAUGGGAUAUCAGUCAGGGCAAAGUGCUCCGUUUAAUGAACAGCUGUUUAUAGUCUUGAUAGUUAGGUAGCCACAGGUCAUGAAAACAUAUACGUGAAAGAAAAGCAACAUUAUGAUAUACCCAUAAACUCGCAGCCCGGUCUUAUAAAAUACAUUUGCCCUACUUUCCAUUUAACAGUGCAAUUAAUUGGGCUGCUCAAUUUGAACGCAAAGGCUCGCAUGAAAAUAUUGCGCAUUGCCACCCUGUGGAUGUUUGAAUAUGCUAAUUUAGGCCUUCAAAAUGUGAAGUAGCCAAAGACUUUACUCUUUUCUCAACUAGAAAAGGUCAGCUAAAGUAAAGUGACACCGUACUAUACCAUUCAAACAAUGUCAAGUGCCAAAAAGACCGCUGCCUUUUCGUGCUUAAAUCACUGAUAUUCCCCAGUUGAGAAAUCCGCAAAGAUUUAUUCACGGCAUUCUGAAAUUCAAACGUUGUCGUAAACAGUUGCUGUGAUGUAAUGAAUGGAGUGCAAGUAAGGCACAUUGACUCUGCCUUUGAGAUGAUUAAAAUAGACAUCGUUUGUGAAAUUAUAUAAUAUAUAAUUAUAUAAUUUGACUUGGAGUUAAAGCCCAUGUCCUGUUCAAAACAUUUCAAGGAUCCCAUUGCUGAGCAAUUGAAAGCAAUGAAGUAAUCAAUUAAUUAUGAUUUAAUGGAGUAAUUAGGCUACAUGGUGCAUACAACGUCAAUCAAUUGGAUAAGAUUGCUAAUUUUGAAGUUGAGUUUUGUUUGUUUGUAUGGUAUAGUCUACGUGCUGGUAUGUUGGUGGUAUAUCAUCAAUCCUAGGUUUGAGAAAUGUAUAAAUGCCUAUUGGGAAUAUGGACUGAUUCCUUAUCAUAAACAGCUCAAAUUUGCCACAGAGUUAAAAAAAAAAAAAAAAGUGCCUAGCAAUGGCUUAUAAAUUCACUGCUCAUAUCUAGUCAACAGAAUAGUUAACGGUACAUCCGUACACCCAUAACAAUUACGGAACAUUCAAAACAAAUUGUGAUUAUAGUAUUUAAUGAAUGCAUAAGAAAUGCUUGCCUGGCUUCCCAAACUCCUUGCUCCUGCCAAACGUCACGCCCAUGGACAUUAGUUUCUUCUCAGCAGUGAGUCUGGAUUUGAGUAACUCUCCUCCGAUUUCUAGAAUGGAAAUCCAUUCUAGACCAUCUGAUUGGGCAAGAGCCAGAACACUCCUGGGUAUAGGGUCGUUUUGAAGAUUCGUCAUUGGCUUUGAAACUCUGAUUGGUUAGAGAUGACCCAAUCGCUGAUGACUUUGUUUUGUACAACACCUCUUGAUUUUGUCACCACAAACGACUUGAAUGAUGGCCGUCUCCGACUGACGUAUGUAGGAACGAUAUAGGAAGAAUUAAGUUUGAGUGGUCAGGCAAUCGAAAUGCUACUUCAUACCCACAACACACAUAUGCCUAGACAAUAGUCUUGAUUUUCCCUGCAUGAAAUUCUAAAGCCGGACAUAGGUUGCGCUCCAAACCUCUACCCUACUCCCGAAGUGUGUACUUGCACACUCCCUCUCUCUUGUCCGAGAUGAUCAUCCCCUACCUACCCACAGCGCACUACUUACGUAGCGAAUUUUAACUAAAGUAAAUAUUUCUUCGCAAUGAUCGAGCACCAUUUUUUUAGUAGAUCAAAACUUAUGUUGCGCACUUUCUUUCCUACUCGUAGCCCUAUUAUGUGGAUGUAAGACAUAUUAAACUGAUAUUUACAAAUGCUUGUAGAUGCACCUGCUGACACCCACUUUUAUUCUUUAUUUUUUUACUCCAGACCCUCACGAUGCAUUCUUGUUUUUGCAAGGUAGUUUUUACACAUUGAAGUUCUCAAGUUGACCACUACUACAUGUGUGGCAAUGAUAACUGGAUGGCUUUCCUCCUCAUUCCUCAUGGUCAACAUGAACAAUAUGUACUGUGCUGAACACAUAGUGUGUUAAGCGGAUUAUAUUAAUUCUUACGAUUGAACAAAUCUGUUCAAAGUAAGACAUGUUUGCAUAUUAGCCCAAAAAUACUCAAAUCAAAUGUUAUUUGUCACAUACUUCAUAAACAGGCGUAGGCUAACAGUGAAAUGCUUCCUCAUGAGCCCUUCCCAGAAAAAUAAUAAGGAAUAAACACACAAUGAGUAACGAUAACUUGGCUAUAUUACACAGGGUACCAGUACCGAGUUGGUGUGCAGGGAGGGGUACAAGGAAAUUGAGGUAGAUUUGUACAUGUAGGUAGGGAUACUAAGACUGAUAUUCACGUUAGUCCACAUAUCCUUUUAGACUGUUUUAGGAGAUUGUAGAAAAGGUACCAUAAAACAACCCUAUGCUCUUUGUGUGUGGUGAAUGAUGUUACGCAAAAGUGUAAGGCUGUUUUUCCCCAAAUGAGUCUUAUUUCGAAGCUGAAAUAUCAUAUCACUCUUCUAGUUUUUCCAAGUAACCGCAAGUGAAUCUGAAGGAGUGGUUUACUCUUCUGAAAGGACGGCAUAACCUCAAGUUUAUAACUCAUUUAACGAUUUCUUAAAAAUGACUGACAUUUUAAGCAAACUGAUAAUUGUACUGCAGUUAAAUAUGCCCUUGACAAGAGGGGGAGAAAGUUGGUGCAAAGGGUGUUGUAGGCCUAGGACUUAAUGUCAUUUAACUUAAGGGAAAGGAAAGAACGUGGAAAAGACAGGGUAAUUUGGGGCUUUUUCAGUGCAGUAAAAAAAGGGAGCAAUGAUACAAGGUAUCUAGCUUCUCUCCAUGAUCCCAUGUCCUGUUUUUGUUUCUCCUUCUCUGCUGAGUUUGCAGUUUUAUCUUGACAGUCGUGAUUGUCCUUAUUGUGAUGUGCAUUUUAUUAAUAUUUGGUUUACACUGAUAACUUGUUGCUGUAAACAUUGGAUUAGGAAAUAAAGUCAGUAUUGGAAGAGCAA